AUUAUUGUCAAUGUCAAAUUCCAUAGAAUCUGUUUAUGAUUUUUGUUCAAGUUAAUUCUAAUUUAAAUCGGAAAACAUCAAUAAUUUCGUUCAACCUAAUCACAUAUAAUUUUCAAAAUAAUGGCUCCUAAAGCUGGUGGUGAUUCUGCUAAAGUUAAUUCUUCUGUAUACAAAGAUAAAAGUAAACCUACAGAUAUUCGUCUGAGUAAUAUAAAUGCCGCAAAAGCUGUCUCAGAUGCAAUUCGGACAAGUCUUGGCCCUAGAGGCAUGGACAAAAUGAUUCAAGCUGCAAACGGAGAAGUGACCAUUACAAAUGAUGGAGCAACUAUUUUGAAACAAAUGAGUGUUAUUCAUCCAGCAGCUAAAAUGUUAGUUGAACUAUCGAGAGCUCAAGAUAUAGAAGCUGGUGAUGGUACAACAUCAGUGGUUGUGAUCGCUGGAGCACUGCUUGAUGCUGCUGAGAAGCUGUUACAAAAGGGAAUUCACCCCACUGUUAUAUCCGAUGGCUUCCAGAAGGCUUUACAGAUGGCCCUACAGGUUAUAGAAGGAAUGUCAACUCCAGUUGAUUUAAGCAAUGAAGAUGCACUUUUGAAAGCUGCUGCUACUUCUUUGAACUCUAAAGUAGUUUCACAGCAUUCCACUAUAUUAGCUCCAAUUGCUGUUCAAGCCAUCCGUGCAGUAAUGGAACCAGUUCCGAACGGCGUCGGCGCACGUGUGGAUCUCCGCGAUGUGAAGGUGAUUGAACGUAUUGGUGGAACAGUGGAAGACACUGAGCUUGUCCAAGGACUGGUCAUUCCUCACAGAGCCUCCAACGUGAAUGGACCUCACCGCAUUGAGAAGGCUAAAGUGGGCCUCAUACAGUUCUGCAUCUCACCACCAAAAACUGAUAUGGACCACAAUGUUAUUGUAUCGGACUAUGCUGCUAUGGAUCGCGUGUUGAAGGAAGAACGCCAGUACAUAUUGAAUAUUGUGAAGCAGAUCAAAAAAGCCGGCUGUAAUGUGUUGUUGGUUCAGAAGUCAAUUUUAAGAGAUGCUCUCAGCGACCUGGCCAUUCAUUUCUUGGACAAAAUCAAAACUAUGGUUAUCAAGGAUAUUGAGCGUGAAGAUAUUGAGUUUGUGUGCAAAACUCUUGGAUGCCGUCCCAUUGCUUCCUUGGAUCAUUUCACAGCUGAAAAUCUUGUCAACGUAGACCUUGUAGAGGAAGUGAACGAGCCAUCCGGGAAGUACAUCAAGAUGACAGGCUGCGCCGGGGGUGGCAAGACCGUGUCGGUUUUAGUCCGCGGUACAUCUUCCGCUGUGGUUGCGGAGGCGGCUCGUUCGUUGCACGAUGCUCUGUGUGCUGUCCGCUGUGUCGCUCGCCGUCCAGCCCUGUUGCCGGGCGGUGGCGCUCCAGAGGCCGCCGCGGCCGCUGCUUUGGCUCGAGCAGCCAUCGCAGCCCCCGGGGCUGAUCACUACUGCCUCAGAGCGUACUCGGAUGCCCUGGAGGUCAUACCCUCCACACUCGCAGAAAAUGCAGGUCUGAAUCCUAUCGAGACGGUGACGGAGCUGCGUGCCGCUCACGCGUCCACGUCCUGUGCCGGCUCCGGCGUGAAUGUCCGCCGCGGUCGCGUCACUGACAUGAGGCACGAGAACGUCUUGCAACCGCUGCACGUGACGUCAUCCGCUCUGGGACUCGCCACUGAGACUGUGCGGGCUAUACUCAAGAUUGACGACAUUGUCAACACAAUCAACUAAAGACUCGAAAAUGAAUGUGAAGAACGUAUAUCAAGUAUUAAUUCCUUCUCUUAUUUAACAUUGGGUGUUAAAUAUCUAUUUUAAAGUAAUUGCAUUGCACAAGUUUCGUUUUAUGUAUUGAUUUAUUUGCAGCAUCUUGCUACCGAGGUCGUUUUAAGUUUGAGUUACUCAACAAGAUUGUUAUUCCUGAACAUGUCUGCAACAUGUUCUCAAUUACUGAUACGAUAUUUCGCACAUUCUCGUCUUGUUCACUUAAAGGCUUUAUUAGUAACCACUUGCUAGAUUUUAUUUAACUUUAAACUCAGUGAUAUACUGUCACAAUUGUAUUGUGCUGUCAUUGUUUUUAACUAGGACAUGUAUCAAAACUAAUUUAGUGAUUAAUAAAAAUACUGAAUGAAAAUAA